AUGUAUUCCCUUCAAAGUACAUUGCGACAUACUGAUGUCUUGAAUUUUGGUCUCGUGGCUAGAAGAACGGCUGCAGUUUGGCAGAGGCCAAUAAUUGCGGUAAAUACUGUUUCACGCUCGCAAUUUCCUCAUAGUGUGAGGGGAGGCUCGAAAUUUUACUCCACGUCGAUUUACGCGUCGAGGAAGGCGUCACGCUUUUUUGCCCCACUUCCUUAUCAGUGCGAAGCCCUUUGCGGCAACGGCUGUUUUAGCAGCUCCAAGAAUUUUCAUAUCAAGAAUCUCGCCGUCCGCAAGUUGGGCUCUCUUGUGGCAAAGAACAAUUCCACACAAAUUUAUCAUCUCGCCAACACCUUGAACACUUCUUUUCACUUUCUACCCAAGAAAAAUAAAGUAUCGUUCAGUAUCGUUCAAAUUGAUCAGCAAAGAGAAUUAUCCAGCAUUGCGAAAAUGAGCGCCACUAAGAAAGCUGAUGAUUCAGGCAGACAGGUCUUGCCUAAGAAUGUGAAGCCAAUUGAAUACACACUCAAGUUGGAGCCUAAUUUUGAGACUUUCAAAUUUGAUGGUGAUGAAUUGCUUGAAUUGGAAGUUGUUGAAGAUUCGGAUUUCAUUAGCUUGAAUACUUUGGAGAUUGAUAUCAAAGAGACCACAUUGCUUACUGCCUCUGGUAAAGAGAUCAAGCCUGAGUCUGUUAAGGAAGAUAAGGAAGAGCAAUACACCACUUUCAAAUUCUCUCCAGCAUCAUCACUCAAGAAGGGUGACCAUGUCAAGUUGAGCAUCAAAUUUGUUGGCGAAUUGAAUGACAAGAUGGCAGGCUUCUAUAGGUCAACAUACGAGGAAGAUGGUAAGACCAAGUAUCUUGCUACCACCCAGAUGGAGGCCACUGAUUGCAGAAGAGCAUUUCCAUGUAUUGAUGAGCCAAAUCAGAAGGCUAAGUUUAGUAUCACACUUGUUGGUGACAAGAAUCUCACCUAUUUGUCCAACAUGGAUAUUAAGGAAGAGCAUUCUGUUAGUGAGACGAAGAAGGAGGUUGUGUUUAACACCACCCCAAAAAUGUCAACUUAUUUGGUUGCGUUCAUUGUUGGUGAUCUCCGGUCCGUUGAAUCUGAAUACAAGUUUAGAGACGUUCCCGUUAAAGUUUAUACCACUCCAGGUUAUGAAACAAAAGGCCAAUAUGCAGCCGAAUUGGCAGCACAUGCUUUGGAAUACUAUGAGCAGUGCUUUGGUAUUAAAUACCCGCUUCCUAAGAUGGAUAUGGUUGGUAUCCAUGACUUCACUGCCGGUGCCAUGGAGAAUUGGGGUCUUGUGACUUACAGAAUGGUUGAUUUGUUAUACGAAAAGGGAAAAUCGACAACUGAUAUUAAAUUUAGAGUUGCCGAGGUUGUCGACCAUGAGUUAGCACAUCAAUGGUUUGGUAACUACUGUACUCUUGAUUUCUGGGACUCACUUUGGUUGAAUGAAUCGUUUGCUACGUACAUGUCCUGGAAAUGUUGUGACCACUUCCACCCUGAAUGGAAUGUCUGGGAUAAUUUUGUUGGAGAGUCACUUCAAUAUGCACUUGGAAUGGACAGUUUGAAGUCAUCCCACCCAAUUGAGGUCCCUGUGAAACGUGCUGAUGAAAUUAAUCAAAUUUUCGAUGCCAUCUCAUACGAAAAGGGAUCCGCAGUGUUAAGAAUGUUGGCCAAUUGGCUAGGUGAUGAUACAUUCAUUAAAGGUGUGUCCUUGUACUUGACCAGACAUGCAUGGUCCAAUGCAAAGACUAGCGCUCUUUGGGCUGCUCUUUCUGAAGUUUCCGGUAAAGAUGUUGAGGGUACUAUGAAGAUUUGGACAGAAAGUGUUGGAUACCCUCUCGUUACAGUUAAAGAAGCAGAUGGAAAAGUUUCUAUUGAGCAGCAUAGGUUCCUUAGAACUGGUGACGUUAAGCCGGAGGAUGAUAAAACAUUAUUUCCAAUAUUUGUUGGCUUGAAGACGGAAAAUGGUCUCGAUGAGUCUAUUAUUCUAAACCAGAGAUCUGAAAAGCUUCAAGUGGAUGCUGGUUCCUUCUUCAAGAUUAACGGCAAUUCAAAUGGUGUUUAUCGUGUUAACUAUGAGCCAGAAAGAUGGGCCAAGUUGGGAGACUCUGCCUCAAAGCUUUCUGUGGAAGAUAGAAUUGGACUUGUUGCUGAUGCUGGUGCUUUGUCCACUCCGGGAUACAGUAAAACAUCAAACCUACUUUCUUUGGUUUCAGGUUGGAAGUCUGAGCCAUCUUACUUUGUCUGGAGUGAGAUGCUUUCCAGAUUGGCCGGCAUUAGAAGUACAUGGAAGUUUGAAGACCAAAAGACCUUUGAUGCACUUAAGGCAGUUACUCGGAGCUUAGUUGCUGAUAAAUGUCACAAAUUGGGAUGGGAGUUCAGUAGUAGUGAAUCAUUCUUGGAGCAAAGACUUAAGAGUCUCUUGUUUGGUUCUGCUGCUUCGUCAGAUGAUGAAACUGUUGUCUCUGCCGCAAAGAAGAUGUUCGCAGACUACGUUGCUGGAGACAAGAGUGCUAUUUAUCCUGAUUUGAGAUCAUCUGUCUUCCAUUGUGUGGCUUCUCAUGGUGGUGAAACUGAGUUCAACCAGCUCUUCGAUAUCUACAAGAAUCCACAAUCUGUUGAUGAGAAGAUUGUGGCCCUUAGAAACAUGGGUGCCUUCCGUGAUGCUAAGAUCUUGAAGAAGGUUCUUGGCUUGUUGAUGGAUGGAACGGUUAGAACCCAGGAUAUUUAUCUUCCACUUAUUGGCAUGAGUAGAAGCAAGGUCGGAAUUGAAACAGCAUUUGACUGGAUGACUGGCAACUGGGAUGCAUUGUGCAAAAUGUUGCCACCUGGACUUUCGAUGCUUAAGUCGGUUGUUCAAAUUUGCACCGCCGGUUUCACCAAAAAAGAGCAGUACGAUAAGGUGAAAGCCUUCUUUGAUGGUAAGGACACUAAGGGUUAUGAUCAGGGUCUUGCCCAAGCAUUAGAAUCUAUCAAGAGUAAUGCUGCCUGGGUUAAGAGAGAUAACGCUGAUGUUGAAGCCUGGUUGAAGGAAAACAAAUUCUUGCUUUAA